AUGUUACUUAAAAAUCUACCUGGAAUUAUUAGCCGACCUUUAAAGAGUAGUGCCAGAAGUAAGCGUUGUGUUGCAAGUGACAGUGAGCGUAUUCUAAAAAGCUGUUGAAGUUAUUGCAGAUUUGUGUUUCAGAUGCCUCAACAUUCAGUUAUUUGGAUGCCUUUGAUCUGAACAGUCAAUUGACAGAAGAGGAAAGGUCUCUAAAGGAUGAAGCCAGAGCUUACUGUCAAGGAAAAUUACAGCCAAGAGUAACACAAGCCUUCAGAAAUGAGACAUUCGAUCCUACAUUGAUCCCCGAAAUGGGACAAAUGGGUCUUCUUGGAGCUCCAUAUGAGGUAAAUUCCGUAUUUUUUUUCUAGAUUUAUUUUCAGGGAUAUGGAUGCGCUGGAGUUUCCACUGUUGGAUACGGUCUUUUGGCCAGAGAGGUGGAAAGAGUGGACAGUGGAUACAGGUCUAUCAUGAGUGUCCAGACCAGUCUUGUAAUUGGCCCUAUUCAUACUUACGGUAUGCUUUUUUCCAACCUAAGAUUAUAAACCAUUGCAGGAAGUGAAGAACAGAAGCAGAAAUAUCUCCCGGAUCUGGCUUCUGGAAAGAAAAUUGGUUGUUUUGGACUUACCGAGCCUGACCACGGCUCGAAUCCAGCUGGAAUGACGACCCGAGCUGAUUGGGAUCAGAAUAAAAAGGUGUUCAAAUUAAAUGGAACAAAGACAUGGAUCAGCAAUUCUCCCAUUGCUGAUGUCUUCAUCGUGUGGGCGAGAAGUAAAAACCAUGGAGGAAAGAUCAGAGUAAGUCAGAAAUGGAUUGCCUGUGAUAUUGUUGUAGGGAUUUAUCCUUGAGAAGGGAAUGAAAGGACUGAGCGCUCCAAAGAUUGAAGGGAAGAUUUCCCUCAGAGCUUCGAUAACUGGCCAGAUUGCCAUGGAUGACGUUGAAGUUCCUGAGGCCAAUCUCUUGCCUAAUGCCGAGGGAAUCAAUGGUCCUUUCGGAUGUUUGAACAAUGCCCGUUUGGGAAUCGCCUGGGGCGCUUUGGGUGCUGCGGAGAGCUGCUUUCAUGCCGCUAGAAAUUACGCUCUUGAACGGUAA